GUCCCGAUCUCGUUGCUUAUCCUAAUAAUGGCGUGCUGAGACAAAAUCGAUCCCAAUUUGAUCCCGCAAACCCCACGCAGGGCGGAGUAAAUGGUGUGACUGGAUUCCUUGAUUUAAGUCCUUUGUAUGGAUCGACGGCUGCAGCAUUGGAUAUAGUAAGAGAUCGCGCUUCUCAACGCGGAAAACUGUUGAUGGUGAAUGGUUAUUCUCCGUGGAAUGACACAACAAGACUCUUCAAAUUGGGCGGACAAUUUGCCCGUUCACAAAAUAUCUUUACGCUAGCUAUCAACACUGUAUUUCUUAGAGAACAUAACAGAUUGUGUGAUUGGCUGUACACGAUCUACAAUACUACAUGGAACGAUGAACAAUAUUUUCAGGAAGCUAGGCGAUGGAACAUUGGACAGUAUCAAAAGAUCGUAAGCGAAGAAUAUCUGGGAGUUGUUACAGGACGUCCGUUACCACCAUAUACAGCCUACAAUCCAAAUGAAAAACCCGGAACAGAUGUGUUUUUCAACGCUAUUGCGCUUAGAUAUGGUCACAGUGAGAUUAGUGACUCAUACAACAUAUUGAACAUCAAUGGUGAAACUCUUGCCGAACUUCCGUUGUCUCAGACAGUAAGACUGGAUCUUUUGCUUCGGGUCGGUUUAGCUCCUAUUCUUCGAUCGAUGGCCAGUCAACGACAAGAAGAGGUUGACGCAUAUGUGUCAGAUGAAACGAGGGCAUGGACUGGUGUAAAUAAGCUAAAGUACGAGGUUGCGGCAUUUGAUGUUUCGAGAGGCAGAGAUCUUGGUGA